UACCUUAUUUGUUCCAUUAAAAUAGAUCGCCCCAAAGCGCUUGGAGGGAUAGUCCUGCUGUCUUCGUACUUUCCUAUCAAAAAUUCUUCGGGAAGCAUUUUUCUUUUGGCUUGAGGAGAGAUGAACGCGCUGUUCGUUCUUCUGCUGCUGCCUCUUCUCUCCCCUCUCUUGACUGCAAAUGGCAAACGGUUCCGUCUCCCGACUGACUCCAGGGCUUACCUCACCCAACAAGUGAACUGGUUUGAUCAGACGCUCGACCAUUUCUCUCCCACGGAUCAUCGCCAAUUCAAGCAGAGGUAUUAUGAGUUCCUAGAUUAUUAUGAUGUCUCAAAUGGGCCUAUAUUUUUGAAAAUUUGUGGUGAAUCUACUUGUCCUGGAAUUGUAAACGACUAUACCUCUGUGUUAGCAGAAAAAUUUGGUGCUGCUUUAGUUUCUCUUGAACAUCGUUAUUAUGGGAUGAGCUCCCCUUUCAAGCUUACAAUAACAGAAAAUUUAAGAUAUCUGUCCUCAAAGCAAGCAUUGUUUGACUUGGCUGUUUUUCGCCAGUAUUAUCAGGAAUCAUUGAACUCAAAAUACAACCGCUCAAAAGUUGAAAGCCCCUGGAUUGUUUUUGGUGUUUCAUACCCUGGGGCUCUCAGUGCCUGGUUCCGUUUGAAGUUCCCUCAUUUAACAUGUGGGAGCCUUGCAAGCUCAGCCGUGGUUCUUGCAGUCUACAACUUCUCCAAGUUCGACCAGCAGGUUGGUGAUUCAGCUGGUCCUGAAUGUAAAUCUGUUCUUCAAGAAAUAACCAAGCUUGUCGACGAACAACUUCCAUUGGAUGGAGUAGCAGUAAAGGAUUUGUUUGGUGCUUCUUCGGUUAAGGAUGAUGUUGACUUCUUAUACUUGUUGGCUGAUGCUGCAGCUAUAGCAUUCCAGUAUGGCAAUCCGGAUGUGCUAUGCUCCCCUCUGCUUGAAGCGAAGAAGUCAAAACAAAACUUGGUGGAAGCAUAUGCGAAGUAUGUGAAAGAAUAUUACCUCGGGAAGUUUGGUGCAUCACUUAAUGCAUAUAAUCAACAAAUCCUAAAGAAUACAUCUCUUGGUUCAGAGGGUGGUGAUCGAUUAUGGUGGUUCCAAGUUUGCACUGAGGUUGCAUAUUUCCAAGUUGCACCAACAAAUGAUAGUGUCCGAUCACCACGAAUUGAUACUAGGUAUACUCAUUCUAGAUAA